CUCCGCUGGUGGCGCGGUGCUUUGCGGCUGCCGUCAAGCGCGGCGCUGGGCGGGCGGGCGGGAGCCGAGGGGCUGCCAUGGCGGCGGCGGGCCGGCUGCCGAGCUCCUGGGCGCUGUUGGCGCCGCUCCUUGCUGGGCUUGCACUGCUGGGAGUCGGGCCGGUCCCAGCGCGGGCGCUGCACAACGUUACGGCCGAGCUCUUUGGGGCUGAGGCCUGGGGCACCCUUGCGGCUUUCGGGGACCUCAACUCCGACAAGCAGACGGACCUCUUCGUGCUGCGGGAAAGAAAUGACUUAAUCGUCUUUUUGGCAGACCAGAAUGCACCCUAUUUUAAACCCAAAGUCAAGAUAUCUUUCAAGAAUCACAGUGCAUUGAUAACAAGUGUAGUCCCUGGGGACUAUGAUGGAGAUUCACAAAUGGAUAUCCUUCUUACGUAUAUUCCCAAAAAUCAUGCCAAGAGUGAAUUAGGAGCUGUUAUCUUCUGGGGACAAAAUCAAACAUUAGAUCCUAACAAUAUGACCGUACUCAAUAGGACUUUUCAAGAUGAGCCACUAAUUAUGGAUUUCAAUGGUGAUCUAAUUCCUGAUAUUUUUGGUAUAACAAAUGAAUCCAACCAGCCACAAAUACUAUUAGGAGGAAAUUUAUCAUGGCAUUCAGCAUUGACCACUGCAAGUAAAAUGCGAAUUCCACAUUCUCAUGCAUUUAUUGAUCUGACUGAAGAUUUUACAGCAGAUUUAUUCCUGACAACAUUGAAUGCCACCACUAGUACCUUCCAGUUUGAGAUAUGGGAAAAUUUGGAUGGAAACUUCUCUGUCGGUACCAUCUUGGAAAAACCGCAAAAUAUGGUGGUGGUUGGACAGUCAGCAUUUGCAGACUUUGAUGGAGAUGGACACAUGGAUCAUUUACUCCCAGGCUGUGAAGAUAAAAAUUGCCACAAAAGUACCAUCUACUUAGUGAGAUCCGGGACAAAGCAGUGGAUUCCAGUCCUACAAGAUUUCAGCAAUAAGGGCACACUCUGGGGCUUUGUGCCAUUUGUACAUGAACAGCAACCAACUGAAAUACCAAUUCCAAUCACCCUUCAUAUUGGAGACUACAAUAUGGACGGCUAUCCAGACGCUCUGGUCAUACUAAAGAACACAUCUGGAAGCAACCAGCAGGCCUUUUUACUGGAGAACGUCCCUUGUAAUAAUGCAAGUUGUGAAGAGGCGCAUCGAAUGUUUAAAGUCUACUGGGAGCUGACAGACCUAAAUCAAAUCAGGGAUGCCAUGGUUGCCACCUUCUUUGACAUUUACGAAGAUGGAAUCUUGGACAUUGUAGUCCUAAGUAAAGGAUAUACAAAAAAUGAUUUUGCCAUCCAUACACUAAAAAACAACUUUGAAGCAGAUGCUUAUUUUGUUAAAGUCAUUGUUCUUAGUGGUCUGUGUUCUAAUGACUGUCCUCGUAAGAUAACACCCUUUGGAGUGAAUCAACCUGGACCUUAUAUCAUGUAUACAACUGUAGAUGCAAAUGGGUAUCUGAAAAACGGAUCAGCUGGCCAACUCAGCCAAUCCGCACAUUUAGCUCUCCAACUACCAUACAACGUGCUUGGUUUAGGGCGGAGCGCAAAUUUUCUUGACCAUCUCUAUGUUGGUAUUCCCCGUCCAUCUGGAGAAAAAUCUAUACGAAAACAAGAAUGGACUGCAAUCAUUCCAAAUUCCCAGCUAAUUGUCAUUCCAUACCCUCACAAUGUCCCUCGAAGUUGGAGUGCCAAACUGUAUCUUACACCAAGUAACAUUGUUCUGCUUACUGCUAUAGCUCUCAUCGGUGUGUGUGUUUUCAUCUUAGCAAUAAUUGGCAUUUUACAUUGGCAGGAAAAGAAAGCCGAUGAUAGAGAAAAACGACAAGAAGCCCAUCGGUUUCAUUUUGAUGCCAUGUGACUUGCCUUUAAUAUUACAUAAUGGAAUGGCUGUUCACUUGAUUAGUUGAAAUACAAAUUCUGGCUUAAAAAAGAAAAUAGGGGAGAUUAAAUAUUAUUUAUAAAUGAUGUAGCCCUUGGUAAUUAUUGGAAAGUAUUCAAAUAAAUAUGGUUGAAUAUGUCACAAGGUCUUUUUUUUUUUAAGCACUUUGUAUAUAAAUCUGGGUUCUUUAUGCCAUAGUGCUGUACAUUUUUGUUCCUUUGUGGAAUGUGUUGCAUGUAUUCCAGUGUUUGUGAUUUAUAAUCUUAUUAGAGUCAUGAUGAUGGAAAAAGACAUGUAAAUAAAAAUAUUUAAAUGAGCAGGAA